AUGAGCGGGGCUGGGAUCCAGCAGCAGCCCCAAACCCCGGCCCUGGGAGCGGUGGUGACUGGAGCUGAAUCCGCCUCGGGCCAGAUCCGCAGCAAGAUUUGGUUCAAGCAGAGGUGGUUCCUGGCCCAGCCGCCUGGAUUUAACCUGACGGUGCCACAGUCAGUGUCGGUGCAGGAGGGUCUCUGUGUUCUCGUCCCCUGCAACUUCACGUACCCAGGCUCCUAUGACACCGACAAUCCCUCGGCCCAGCUCUACAGAUACUGGUACAAGGAUCAGGGCAGUGUGCGCACUGAUCCGCUCGUGGCCAGCACUGACCCCAGCCGGGGGGUGUCGCAGGAGACCCAGGGCCGGUUCCAGCUAGUGGAGAAUCCAGCGGGCGGCGACUGCUCCCUGCAAAUCAGUGACGCCCGAUGGACGGAUGCGGGGAGAUAUUACUUUAGAUUCGAGAAAGGAUCAUUGAGAUACAGUUACCUCUUCAAUUCUGAUGGCAAUGAUGCAAAGCUCGCGAUCUCGGUGACAGGGCUGACGGAGGAGCCAGAGAUCCAGAUCUCGCCGGCGCGGGGGCUGCCAGGGAUGCUGCUGGCCGGGGAGCCGGUGACUGUGACCUGCACGGCCCCUGGGCACUGCUCCGGGCCCCCUCCCCGAGUCACCUGGACGGGGCCGUUCAGCGACACAGCCCGGGACGUCUCAGCCCAGCUGGCGAAUGGCACCUGGGCCCACAGCUCCGUGCUCAGCUUCACGCCCGGCCUGGGGGACCACGGCAAAGAGCUCGUCUGCAGCGUCACCUACAGGCCACCACGGGGACCUUCCACCCGCAGAACCAUCCAGCUCCACAUCGACUACCCGCCCGGGCCCCCCAACAUCACCGGGACCCUGACCAGGAACGGACGCCCCGUGCUGGAAGUGUCAGGAGCUGAGGGCGACGUUGUGUCUCUGGAGACCUGGGAGGGCGAAUCCCUGAACCUGAGCUGUGAGGCUGGGAGCAGACCCGAGGCCACCCUGAGCUGGGCCAAGGGAAACGAGUCCCUGUGCCCCGGCCAGGGAGGGUCCCGGCGCCUGGAGCUGUUGAAUCUCAGCCCAGGGGACGCUGGGGAGUAUCAGUGCUGGGCCAAGAAUUCCUACGGGUCGGCCAGCCGGGCCCUGCGUUUGCACGUGCAGAAUCCCGGCACCCUGGUGGCGAAUGGCUCACAGCUCUCGGCCCGGGAGGGCGACUCCCUGCGGUUCCUCUGCUCCGUCGCCAGCAGCCCCCCCGCUGUGCUGCGCUGGGUGAGGGGGGACCGAGCCAUCGAGGGUUCCCGCCCCAUGGGAGAGAAUCAGCUGCGGCUGGAGCUGCCCAACGUGACGGCCGAGGACGGGGGGCUGUACGGGUGCUGGGCCCGGAACAACGAGAGCUCUGCCCAGGGGAUGUUCCAGCUGCUCAUUGAGUCUCCCACAGGUGGCCUCACUCGGGCAUUUAUCAAAAUCAGCUGCAAAUUCAUCUUCGUGGCGACUGGAUUCUUCCUGGCCUAUUACCUCACCCUGCUCUAUUACAGAUGGACACCCUGCUGCUCUCGUGGAAGCAGAAGGAAGGACAGGCCGGGGGCCAGGGAAUACACGGUGCCCGAGUCCGGCGUGUAG